CCAACUUUGAUAUCUCUCUCCGCUCAACGUUUCUGGCUUUCCCUUUUUGUCUCUCGCUUUCCCUCUCCGACUCCAAAAUCUCUCCCAAACUCCCAAAUACCCUCUCUCUCUCUCUACUGCACUUCACUUUCUUCUAUAUUCAACGCCAUCUCCGGCACCGGCUCCGACAAGCAAUCCCAUAUCCCAAAUCUCAAAUCCUCCAACAAAUCUUCCUCUAAAUCAUCUCCACUCCACCGCUUCACCUCCAAAAAUUCUCCUCCUUCCCACUCCAUCACACUUCUGAAUUUCCGCCGCUAAACCCCCCCUCCGCCCCCGAUGCUAUAGCCCUACCACCGCCGGGGCCAUCCACCGCCGGCGAGGGUUCCAUCGUCUCCGCGUUUUCCUGUGGAUACUUCUCGGCCUGUGUGGAUUUUGAAAUUUUGGGUUUGGGUUUUGCCCCGAGGUCGUCGAUUUUGAUUUUUUUGUUUUGUUUUAGGGUUUUUUUUUUGUUCGUUGUUGUUCAUAUAAACGACCAUGGCUCCGGGUCGGAAACGCGGAGCAAAUAAAGCCAAGGCCAAUAGAGAGCUUAGUUUGGGAGAUCUUGUCCUCGCCAAGGUUAAGGGUUUUCCUCCUUGGCCAGCCAAGAUUAGCAGGCCCGAGGACUGGGAGAGAUCUCCUGACCCGAAGAAAUGUUUUGUCCAUUUCUUUGGAACGCUAGAAAUAGCUUUUGUAGCCCCUGCUGAAAUUCAGGCCUUCACCAUUGUGGAAAAGAAUAAAUUAUCAGCUCGUUGCCAAGGUAAAACAACUCAAUUUGCUCAAGCUGUGAGGGAAAUAUGUGCAGCGUUUGAUGAAAAACAAAAAGAGAAAACUAGUGGUAUGAGCGUUGAUAUGGAUAGAUUGGAAACUGAAAGUGGUGCUCCCAGCACUGAUGAGGUUGUGGAUAAUGAGUUAGAUGUUGACUUGAAGGAUGAAUUGGGUCCUGCAGAAUCAAAUGACGAUGCUGUAAAUGAAGGCAUAGGUGACUAUAGCUCUAGACUUGAGCGUUGCUCACAAAAACGAGGUGAAACUAAUGUUCCAGACAUCAAGCCUACUGCAGAACCGCAUCAGUCUGAUGAUUCGUCUUCAGGAAUUUCUUCUGAGCAGAAAGACAGUAUAUUAGAUGUUGCACCAAAGAAUGAAGCAGUGACAUCUGAAUCAGAUAAAGAUAUUACUAAAACAGAAAAGCCUUCUGAACUCCACAGUUUACCUACAACUAACGGUCAAAAUAUCAAAAAGGAAGGUGCUAGUUCGAAGAAGAAACAAGAGGCUGCUGCUAAACACCACAAGAGCAAAGGCUCUACUGUCACAGCAUCUAAGAGCGAAAUUUCUGAUAAUCGUCCCAAUCUUCCAGAAUCUGUUGUGGAUUCGAAGGGUGGAAAGAAAGGCAAACUUACUUCUGGUGGAGUUACGAAGGAGCAUGGCCCUAGAACUCUUAAACCAAAUUCUGAAUCUGGCCAUGGGAAAAAGACUAAAGACCUGCCAAGGGAUAAAAAACAUUUUAAGGGUAAAGAUAGUGUGGCAGACACCAGGCGCAGUCCUAAGGAACAGGGACAGGGCAAAAGCAAAGCUAGUACUGGGAAAAUGCCUCAGGUUGGACAAGGAAAAUCUGAUUUGGGAUCGAGUGAAAGUUUGCGUCCUGCCAAAAAGUUGAAGCGAGGAGACAUAGGAGAGAGUAAGGGAUCACUCAGCAACAACAUAAAGGUUGUCUCUUCUCCUAAACCUGUUGUGGCUGAUGAAAAAGUCGUUAAAAAAUCCGAGUUCAAAAGGUUGACGCCCUCUCUUAAAUCAGAGAACCUUUUAAAAUCUAGUCAUCAUUCAGAUUCUGUUAAUUCUGCAGCUGGUGAUGAAACUGUGUUGCCUUUGACAAAGCGACAUCGUCGAGCUCUCGAAGCUAUGUCUGAUUCUACAACUACCGUUCAUGAUGCUAAAAAUGAAAAGAGUCCGUUUUCACAGAGGUAUGAUGCUUCAUGUUCUAGUAAUGAUAAACUAUUGGCAAAUCAUUCCAACAGAAAAAGGAGGGCAGUUUGCAUUUUUGAUGAUGAUGAUGAAGAUCCGAAGACUCCUGUUCAUGGAUCUUCACGGAAUAUUGAUGCAACUUCAAAUGGUCCAGAUGCUAGUAAGAAUAAAGAUGAGCACAAUCAAAGCCCUCUUACUUCUCCCAUGACUGUUAAUGGAACUAGUGGAUCAGAACAUGGCCAUUUUAAGGAAUCAACUAGCCAGGUGCAGAGUUUGUCCUCAUCUCCUAAAGAACCUAAGACUGAAGAAUUCCAGCAAGAAAAACCAGUGGCUGUUAAUGCCUCUGAAAGUCCUUCAAAAUCAGGAUCUGAGCAGCUCCCACCUAAGGAGGCAAAACCAAAUUUGAUUUCCCCGAAAAAGUCUCCUUCGUUGGCUAAUAGCACUACAGCUUUGGAACAGAAAAAGUCUCCUUUGUUAGCUAAUAGCACUACAGCUUUGGAACAAGCGAAGACUGUGAAACCUCCAAUCAAAGCCUCCAAUGCUGGUGUCCAGAAACAAUCCCAGGGGGGUUCCGCAAAGUCCAUGGUUUUGACUUCAAAUUCUCAGAAGUCAUCUAUCCUCCAAAAAAGUAGGUCACAUUCUUCUGGAGAGAAGUCUAAAACUACUCCAAAAUCACGAGCCAAUGACUCUACAACCAUGGUGGGAAGUUCUAUGGAUCAUGAUGAUCUUCAUGGUGAAAGAAACUUAGUCAGUGACUUUAAGGUCACGGAAUCUGCCAUGUCCAUGAAACAUCUAAUUGCAGCUGCUCAAGCUAAAAGGAGGGAAGCUCAUUCACACACAGUCCUUGGGAUUUUUAGUUCUGGUAUUUUAUCCUCUGAUGUCCAUGGUAGUCCUAGUCCUACUCCAGUCCAGCCGCAUUUAUCUAGUACCACCCAUUUGAUGCUGGCAGACUUGAAGGGAUCUUAUCAUCAAAAGGAUGUGGCUUCUCCAUCAACUCAAGGACAUCAAUUAGCAUCACAAAAUCACAUUGAUAUUGAAGAAGUAGAGGAGAAAAGAGUCAGCUCAGUACACAGAUCUGUUGGAGAUUCACUGAGUGGUGGCACUGAGGCAGCUGUUGCACGAGAUGCUUUUGAAGGAAUGAUAGAGACUUUAUCUAGAACUAAAGAAAGUAUAGGACGUGCAACUCGGUUGGCUAUUGAUUGUGCCAGAUAUGGCAUUGCCAAUGAGGUUGUUGAACUUCUUAUCCGGAAGUUGGAGACCGAACCUAGUUUUCAUCGCAAAGUGGAUCUCUUCUUUCUUGUGGAUUCUAUAACACAAUGCUCGCACACUCAAAGAGGUAUUGCUGGAGCUUCUUACAUUCCUACAGUUCAAGCAGCAUUGCCUCGCCUUCUUGGGGCUGCUGCACCACCAGGUGCUGGAGCUCGUGAAAAUCGUCGUCAGUGUCACAAGGUUCUUCGUCUCUGGCUUGAGAGGAAAAUCCUACCCGAAUCUGUUCUUCGACGUUACAUGGAUGAAAUAGGAGUAUCAAAUGAGGAUUCAUCUAUUGGUUUCACCCUCAGACGUCCAUCUCGUGCUGAGAGAGCCAUAGAUGAUCCAAUCAGAGAAAUGGAAGGCAUGCUUGUUGAUGAAUACGGAAGCAAUGCAACAUUCCAAUUGCCUGGGUUUUUAUCUUCACACGUAUUUGAGGAUGAAGACGAGGAUCUUCCUACCACUCCAUGUAAAGAAGCCACUGAUGCAACUUUGAUAGAACUGAGACAUGGUGUUGGAGAGGCAGAAGCAUCUGCAGUUACUCCGGGUGACAGGCGCCAUCGGAUCUUAGAGGAUGUGGACGGAGAGCUUGAAAUGGAAGAUGUUUCUGGCCAUCCAAAGGAUGAAAAGUCGUUGGAUGGUGAUGGUUCUUUUGAAAUAGAUGCUCAACAUCAGUCUUCAGAUAGAGCAACAGAACUUGCAUCAAUUACUUCUUCAGAUUUUCCCCCUCUGCCAGAAGGUUCUCCACCAUUACCUCUCGAUUCUCCUCCUCCACCCCCACCCCUACCUAUCUCACCACCCCCACCUCCACCUCCAUCCUCUCCAUCACCACCACCACUCCCACCUCCACCACUUCCGUCAUUGCCACCACCUCCUCCUCUACCAUCUACAUGCCCUCCACCACCACCUCCACCACCAUUAAUUUCCCAACCACCAGUACCCAGUCAGCCUCCCUUGCCAAACCAGCAGAUAUUACCGCUUCAAUCUUCACAGCAGCCUUCAGGACAGCUUCCUUAUCAAGCUCCAAUACCCCGUGAAUACUGCAGCAUAGCUAGUGGAAAUCAGCAUGUGCCAAUGGUGGCUGGAAAUGCUUCUCAUGGAAGUCACGUGGAUGCUUCUGCUAAAAGUGAAAUGUAUGGCCAGCAGGCACCUUCUUUUGUCCCAGCUGCUGUCUGCAAUUCUAUCGAACCUUCUGGAUUUAAUUCUUCAAGGCAAUCAGAGUAUGGGCAUAAUGAUAUAUAUCUGAAUACACCAGUUUCUCAACCAAAUCAGCAAUAUCAGCAAGGUAACCCCAACUUUAUUCAAAGACAGAUGCUUUCUGGCCCACCUCAAAACCCACCAACUCAUUUCUCUUACGCUAAGCCUCCAGUUCAGCAGCAUCCUCCUCAUCCAUACCAUCAUUCAUAUUCUUCGCCAUCCCUUAUGGAUGGACGGAGGCCGUUUUUAAGUGAUGAACAGUGGAGAAUGCCUUCAAAUGAAUUCAAAACUGAAAGUCGUCAAGGUGUAUGGAUGAACGGGGGGAGAAAUCCAUCACAUCCAGGUCCACCAUUCAGCCAGGAAGGCUAUUUUCAACCACCUUAUGAACGACCACCAAAUAAUAUUGGUUUUCAGCGUCCUGCCUCCAAUAGUCUUCCAUCUGGAACUCCAAUUUCUGGUCAUGGCAUUCCUCAAAUGUUGCCGUCUAGACAAGACAUUUCAACUCUUAAUUGUUGGCGGCCUACAUAAGAGGUGUUUUUUUCUUUCCAAUUGCUCAAUAUGGAAUUGGAAUACCAAUUGAUUUGUACUGUAAAGAAAGAUCAGCUAUGUGCAUAAAUUUUGUACAACUUGAAGGUGCUGUCAAGACUUUUGGAGGCUCUCGGUUGAACUGUGUACAUAGUAGUUAUCCUGACAAACUUGAUCCAGGAACAUUUGCUCCCAAGUGUAGGCUUAUGUUUCUGACCUGGUUUUGAUAGAAUUUUAAGAUAGAGAAAGAUGAACAAUUUUUGAGAUUCUCAGACAUGUUUACUUUAACCCGGGAAAAGAGGAGAGAGUCGCAUUAUAUCCAUGGAGAUAGCUCACAGCUGCGAAGUUGAGAUAGACUAUAUUUAACAUGGAUUAUUGUGCCAACACACGUGCCUGAUCCUUCCUUAUUAUGCAGACUCCCGUUGUAAAGGUAGUCCCCAGAUACUCAAAAAACAACUUUUCAGAUUUUAUGUAAUACAAUACUUUCAUUAUAUUGUACAUGAUAUCAUUCCCCUUUUCUCAA